CAUUAUUUUCACAAAAUAACAAUUACAUGUUAUAUUAAAAAAGAACAAUGAAAAAGACAUAGAGGGUCUUUUACAAAACAAUAACAAUGUAGAAGUAGGAAUGAAUGUCUUGAGUGUUGUAUUUACUAAUCACUUUUUCCUUGGCUAGUGGCAAUGUGGUCUAGGGUUUAAGGCUAGGUCUACAGUAUAUUAUCAAAAUUGCCUUAUCAUAUAUCUCAUAUGAAAGCAUCGUAUUCUAAAGGUGGAUGUAAAUUCAACGUCUUGUGCGCCAUUUUGCGGUGGUCCUGUGAGGGUCAAGUGUUAGUACACCGCAAUAAUCCACCUUGAGUUAGAUUCCUGGGCUGCCAUUGGAUUAGUCCUGAGAACACAACAAUGGCUUGUUUUAAUUCACCAUAAUCCCAGUGAAUAUUGAAAGCACUUUCAUAUGACUCUGUGGAGAAGAGGCUAAUGCCGAAAGAAGAAACUCUCAGGAACGUAAUAAUAUAGGAGAUAAAAUAUUUACAAAUGUCUUCUUCCCCUACGACCUCUUGCGAUUGGAUGAUCCUGCAGGCUGAACAGAAAAAUAUCAAUGUUCGCGUCACCACCAUGGACGCUGAGCUGGAGUUUGCCGUCCUGCCCAGCACCACUGGCAAACAACUCUUCGACCAGAUAGUGAAGACCAUCGGGCUGAGAGAGACCUGGUUCUUUGGCCUACAGUACCAGGACAGCAAAGGCUUCUCUACCUGGCUCAAACUCAACAAGAGGGUGACAGCUCAAGAUGUACGCAGGGAGAACCCUUUGUUGAUAAAGUUCCGGGCCAAGUUCUACCCUGAAGACGUAGCUGAGGAACUGAUCCAAGAGGCCACGCAACGACUUUUCUUCCUGCAGGUGAAGGAAGGCAUCCUGAAUGAUGAUAUCUACUGUCCUCCUGAGACGGCUGUGCUGUUGGCCUCCUACUCUGUUCAGACCAAACAUGGAGACUACAAGAAGGACUACCACUUCCCGGGUUACCUCAGCAGGGACAAGCUGCUUCCCCAGAGGGUUCUGGAGCAGCACAAGCUGAACAAGGAGCAGUGGGAGAAUAGGAUAAAGGUGUGGCAUGAGGAGCACAAGGGAGUGCUGAGGGAGGAUGCCAUGGUGGAGUAUCUGAAGAUAGCUCAGGAUCUAGAGAUGUAUGGAGUCAACUACUUCAGCAUCAAGAACAAGAAGGGUUCAGAGCUGUGGCUGGGGGUAGACGCUCUGGGCCUCAACAUAUACCAGAACACUGACAGGAUGACCCCUAAGAUCGGCUUCCCAUGGAGUGAGAUCAGAAACAUUUCCUUCAACGACAAGAAGUUUGUCAUAAAGCCCAUGGACAAGAAAGCCCCGGAUUUUGUGUUCUACGCCCCUCGGCUACGGAUCAACAAGCGUAUCCUGGCGCUGUGCAUGGGGAACCAUGACCUGUACAUGAGGAGGAGGAAGCCAGACACCAUCGAGGUCCAGCAGAUGAAGGCCCAGGCCCGUGAGGAGAAGACUAAGAGACAGAUGGAUAAAGCUCUGCUUGAGAGCGAGAAGAAGAAGAGAGAGAAUGCGGAGAAGGAGACAGAGAAGAUCGCCAGAGAAACCAUGGAGCUGAUAGGCAGACUGAAACAGAUUGAGGAAGAGACCAAGAAAGCUCAGGAAGAGCUGGAUAAGAGGACUCGCAGGGCCCUGGAGCUGGAGAAAGAGAGGACGUUUGCCCAGGAGGAGGCAGAGCGUCUGGAGAAGGAGAGCAGGGCAGCGGAAGAGACCAAGGCAGCCCUCCUACAGCAGUCAGAGAGCCAGAUGAAGAACCAGGAGAACCUGGUUACUGAUCUGACCUCUAAGAUCUCCCUUCUGGAGGACGUGAAGCAGAAGAAGGACGACGAUACAAAGAGAUGGCAGAAAAGGGACUCUGUGCAGGGGGACCACGACGAGACCGACGAGAGCAGCGCCGAGGCCAGCGCCGAGCUGACAUCACCAGGCAUGGUCAGAGACCGCAGCGAGGAGGGACGCAUGACGGAGGCUCAGAAGAAUGAACGGCUACAGAAACACCUCAAGGCCCUGAGUAGUGAGUUGGCCAGCGCUCGAGACGACAGUAAGAAUACUCCCAAUGACCUGAUCCACGCGGAGAACGUUAAGGCCGGCCGGGACAAGUACAGGACCCUCCGUCAGAUACGACAGGGCAACACCAAGCAACGCAUCGACGAGUUUGAGUCCAUGUGAAGGAUAGAAAGAAUGCGAAUGAGAGAGAAGGUGUGUGUGCGCGUGUGUGGGAGUGUGGGAGUGAGAGAGAGUGAGAGAGAGAGAGAGUGAGAGAGAGAUAGAGAGAACAAGAGUCUGUACUGAAUCUAUGUAUUUAAAUGGGAGUCUUAUAGGCAGGUACAGUGUAAUUACUAAAUCAUGAAUGCUUCUCCCUAGUUGUGUGUUGUCCCCUGUGACCAACUUCAUGGGAUUUGUAGUUUGGUCAAGUAGAAUUCUGUGGACUACAAACUGUAGGCUACUAGUACCACAAUCAAAGUGAGUGAUGAUACAAUUAAUCAUAAUAUAUCAUAAUUUAUGCUGCUUUUGCUCAUGGUUUUUGUAAUCUUGAAAUGAAUCUAUGCAAAAUAAUUAUUAGCUGAUAUAGCAUGAAAACCAUAUUUUUAUGUAUGGAUAGAUUAGUGAGAGGAAGGAAAUGGAUAGAUUAGUGAGAGGAAGGGUAUGGAUAGAUUAGUGAGAGGAAGGGUAUGGAUAGAUUAGUGAGAGGAAGGGUAUGGAUAGAUUAGUGAGAGGAAGGGUAUGGAUAGAUUAGUGAGAGGAAGGGUAUGGAUAGAUUAGUGAGAGGAAGGGUUUGAGCUUAAUUGCAAUAUUUUCUUAGGAUGUUAUUUCACAGGGACAGUUGAAGUCGGAAGUUUACAUACACUAAGUUGACUGUGCCUUUAAGCAGCUUGGAAAAUUCCAGAAAAUUAUGUCAUGGCUUUAGAAGCUUCUGAUAGGCUAAUUGACAUAAUUUG